AUGAUAAACACAUUUCUUUUAGCUGUCGACUUUUCAAAAUGUAAAAUGACCACAAAGGGAUUGGACUACAAUGGAAACGUUUCAACAACAGUUUCCGGAAAUACAUGUCAACGCUGGGACAGUCAGUACCCUCAUCGGCAUAUUUACUAUCCAGUGCAAGAACAAGCUCGUUUACACGAAAACUACUGUAGAAAUCCGGAUAACGAUGAUGACUUAUGGUGUAUGACAACAGACAGAAACAGAAGAUGGGAAUUUUGUAAUGUUCCAAUCUGUGAAUGUAGAGACACUCCAAAAGGAGAAGCAUACAUCGGACAAAUCUCGCACACAGUCAAUGGACGUCAAUGUGUGAGAUGGGAUAGCAUAAACAUUUCAAAGCACGAAUAUAUCAACAACAGCGAAUUUACAGAAAAACUAAGUGAUCAAGAAAAUUAUUGCAGAAAUCCCGACCAACGCCAAUCGCCAUGGUGCUUUACGGAAACAUCUGGUGGUUUUUGGGAUUAUUGUAACAUUCCAUUUUGUAUACGUAAUACUGCAGAGUGUCUUAAUAGUCCCAAAGGCUUAGAUUAUUUUGGAACCGAGAAUAAAACGGUGGACAAAGAAGAAUGUCAACGCUGGGAUUCAAUGGCACCACAUCAACAUAAUUUCUCAGUAGGAUUCAUGGGACUCUCUGCCUCUGAACACGAAAAUUAUUGUAGAAAUCCUAAUGACAACAUAAUGCCAUGGUGUUUUACUGUAAAGAGCACAGUUAGAUUUCAGUAUUGCAACAUUCAAGAAUGUAAAAAAAAUUAUGUAUGUGACUUCUCCGAAGGCAACUGUUCAUUGGACCAACUAAGCAAUGAAAAAAUCAAAUGGGUUAAUAGAUUAGAAGACAAAACACUAGCGUUAACACUCUCAGCUAAUUCGACGGCUCUACAAUCAGCACUACCGUCACUGAUAUUACCUAAAGUGCGAUUCACAAACACUGGAAGUUGUUUAGAAAUGGAAUACCGUGGCGAUGGCAUACGUUUAGAUAUAAAAACUGCCAAACAAAACUUGACGAGUCUCCAGAACAGCCCAGAGUGGAUGACUAUAAAAGUGAACCUAGAUAAAUCGGACGAUGGUCACCAGGUAAUCAUGACACCAGUUCUCAUUUCAUCCUCAGUGAACUUUAAAAUAAAGUACAUACAUUGCUUUGCUUGCAUGGAGGACAGCUUGUGCAUUCAAAAGGAGAAGUUUUGUGAUAUGAUUGUGGAUUGUCCCGAUAACAGUGACGAAAAGAACUGUGCUAUCGACUUUUCAAAAUGUAAAAUGACUACAAAGGGAUUAGACUACUAUGGAGACGUUUCAAGAACCAUUUCCGGAAUAACAUGUCAACGCUGGGACAGUCAGUUCCCGCAUGGGCAUUCUUUCUACCCACAGCAAGAACAAGCUAGUUUACAAAAAAAUUACUGUCGAAAUCCAAAUUAUUCUAGAGACCUGUGGUGUUACACAGCAGACAGAAAGACAAAAUGGGAAUGGUGUAAUGUUCCAGUCUGUGAAUGUCGAGACACCCCAAAAGGAGAAGCAUACAUUGGGAAAAUCUCGCGCACAGUCAAUGGACAUCAGUGUGUGAGAUGGGAUAGCAUAAACAUUUCAAAGCACGAAUAUAUCAACAACAGCGAAUUUACAGAAAAACUAAGUGAUCAUGAAAAUUAUUGCAGAAAUCCCGACCAACGCCAAUCGCCAUGGUGCUUUACGGAAACAUCUGGCGGUUUUUGGGAUUAUUGCAACAUUGCAUUUUGUAAACGCAAUGAUACAGAAUGUCUUAAUAGUCCCAAAGGCUUAGACUAUUUUGGGACCGAAAAUAAAACGGUGGACAAAGAAGAAUGUCAACGCUGGGAUUCGAUGGAACCACAUCAACAUAAUUUCUCAGUAGGAUUCAUGGGACUUUCUGCUUCUGAACACGAAAAUUAUUGUAGGAAUCCUAAUGACGACAGAAUGCCAUGGUGUUUUACUGUAAAUAGCACAGUUAAAAUUCAGUACUGCAAGAUUCCAGAAUGUAAAAAAAGCAACGACUGUAAGACUACAGAAUCUGGAUCAGAGUACAGCGGAAAACAAAACAGCACUACUGAAGGAAUACUUUGUCAACGUUGGGAUAGAACUACCCCUCACCAGCCGGACCCAAGAAUCAGCUUUCCUGGAGCUACUCUCGCUGCGCAAGAAAAUUUUUGUCGAAAUCCAAACAAUUUGAGUUCAGAUCCCUGGUGCUACACAGUUGAUCCCAAUGUGCGCUGGCAGACCUGUGAUUGCUUUGCUUGCCUGGAGGACCGCUUGUGCAUUCAAAAUGAGAAAUUUUGUGAUAUGAUUGAGGAUUGUCCCGAUAAAAGUGACGAAGAGAAUUGUGGGGGAAAGUCACAUGGAUACAAGUCGGGUGAAUAG